UCCAUAAGAAAGGUACAAAUUUUGAAUCACGUUAAUCUUUUCGUUUUCCAACCCUUGGAGGCGGAGGAACAAUGUCCUUUGAAGGUCAAAUACUUGAAAUCCAUGAAGAUGGAAAGACGGAGGAUUUGCUGGCCGACGGUGAUAUUUUCAUCGAGAUAGAGAAGCUGGGUAGGAAUUCUCGGCGCAUUCGGUCUACAAUUGGGGUUGAAGGAAAUCUAGAUUCCGUCUGGAGCGUUCUGACGAGCUACGAGAAGCUGUCGGACUUCAUCCCAACCCUCGUUGCAAGCGAAUUGGUAGAGAGGAAGGGAAAUCGCGCUCGUAUUAUACAGAUUGGACAGCAGAACUUAGCUUUGGGUCUUAAAAUCCGUGCCAAAGCCGUCCUAGAUUGUUUCGAAAAGGAGCUUGAGAUUUUGCCCCAUGGGAAGAGGCGCGAUAUCGAAUUCAAGUUGGUCGAAGGCGACUUCCAUUUCCUGCAAGGCAAAUGGUCUAUCGAGCAGAUCAACAAGGGGGGCACUUCAGAACCGAAUUCUAAGGAUUUCAGGAGGACAACGCUUUCGUAUAUGGUUGAUGUACAGCCUAAGCCGUGGUUGCCUGUCCGACUAAUCGAAGGCAGACUCUGCAACGAGAUCAAAACAAAUCUUUCGUGCAUAGGAGAAACUGUCCGGAAAGCCAUGGAAGGCUCUCUCCUUGAUCUCUGAUUUCUCGAACCCCGAGUUCAAUAUGCAUUGUAGUUCACUAUUUCACCCUUGUAAUUCUGAAGAAUCAAGGGUGCUUUAGAACUCAGUAAGCCCUUGGUUUGCCUACAAAUUAGGAAAAUUUCUGCAUGAUAAAGGUUUUCAUAUAAUAAGGAAAUAACAGAUUUUCCGCCA